AAACAGCUUUGUUAGAGUACCUCCAAAGUCCCAAGCACCUUCAACUUGGUAGGAUGAAGUGGCUACGCCGAUUAAAAAUCCCACAGGAAAUUGAUUCAUGUCAGUAACACAAACAAAUCACACCCAAACUAUUCCCCACCACUCAUCCAAUACCCUCAGCUUUUAUCUGCUUUUGGCGCACAAUUGUUGUUUUUAAGUGGCCUACAUUCGAGAUUUUCCACUGUUUAAAUUCAAUGAAUCUAGUAUGAAUUAAAGUUUACAAAUGUGAAUUAUCCUCUUUUUUUUUUUUGUUAAUUCAAAUGCUUAUUAGAUUUCCUGUCAUAGGACUACCUAAUAAGUAAACUUUUAUGAUAUGAAUACAAAAGCUACUAAUAAAAAUGAUUGAAACAUUUGAAAAAAUUGUAAUCCAUAUUUAGUUCAAACUUGUACCAAACACUAACCCACCCAAUUCACAGUAAACAGAUUGGAGGUUUCAUUUAGGUUUCUUAGUUUAAUUACAAAUUCUUAUCUGCUUUCAGUUUUAAGUAUGAUUUUCCAGUGGUUUUAGUUGGUCUAAAGCAUAUAAAUUUAUAAGAUGUUUUUUUUAUUUUAAAUAAAUUUAUUAAAAUUAAACAUGGGCUCUGUAGAUUUAUUAUCUUUAGUUCAAAGUGGUUUUACAGGAGAAACUGUCCUGGCUUGCUUGGAAGUAAGCAAAAUGCAAGGAUGGGUUCGAACGACCAGGUAUCUGGCUAUAAUUUCAAAAAGCGGCUCAAGUGCAUUCUUCGUCCUUACAUCAACUAGAGUACCUCCCAUAUCUCCUGCCGAUGUUUCAGUUGAAGGAAUUGUUCCUAUUGAUAGCAAUUUCAAAUUUGAACUAGAUACUGAAACUCAGCAUGAGGAUGGACAUGAUUUAUAUUUGAGUGUGAGUUCAAAUAAAUCUAAAUUGCUUUUUGAAAUGAUGCCUAGUUCAAAAUCCAAUGCAUUUGUUGGUGAGCUGUACAAAGCUGUUGACAAUGUAGUCAGGAAAUCAGGACCACUAGAAUAUAACUGGCUCAAUAGGUACCCUCCUGUAAUAAGACACGAUUGUAGUGAUAAUGGCUUGAAAGAAGAAGUUCAAGAUUCGGUAGUUGACAGCCCAGACAGUCUUUCACUCCCGCGAGAAAGCAUUGCCAAAGGGUCAACACCAAUAGCUGCUCGGGAAAGUGUCAUUCGAUAUAUGAUGUCCAAAAAAGAAGACCAGUAUAUGUAUAAGCAGUCAUUCAGGAUAUUCGUUGGCACCUGGAAUGUAAAUGGACAAUCACCUACAGCUGAUCUUACCGAAUGGCUCUCCUGCGAUGUGGAUCCUCCUGACAUUUAUGCUAUUGGCUUUCAAGAGCUUGACCUAUCCACCGAAGCGUUUCUGUUUAAUGAUACUCCUAGAGAAAAUGAGUGGUACAAAGCUGUUGUAAGUGGUCUACAUAAUGGAGCUAAAUACACUCGUGUAAAACUUGUUCGUCUUGUUGGGAUGAUGCUCGUUGUUUUUGUCCAAGAGAAACUCAGGCAAUAUGUUACCGGAGUAGCUUGUGAUACUGUUGGUACUGGCAUCAUGGGGAAAAUGGGUAACAAAGGAGGAGUAGGAGUGAGGCUGGAUUUUCAUAGCACAUCUAUAUGCUUCGUCAAUGCUCAUUUAGCUGCUCAUGUUGAGGAGUACGAACGUCGGAACCAAGACUACCGGGACAUAUAUUCCAGGAUGUGUUUCUCUUCUCACCAUCCUCCCAAGACCAUCAAGGAUCACGAUCAUAUUUAUUGGUUGGGGGACUUGAACUAUAGAAUCACUGAAAUCGAUCCAAAAUACGUUAAAGAUUGCGUUGAGCGAGAUUCUUUCCAGAAAGUUCUUGAAUAUGAUCAGCUUAUCAAACAAUGCCGUGCCCAAACGGUAUUUGUUGGAUUUAAAGAGGGCAGCAUCACAUUUAAGCCAACCUACAAGUACGAUACUGGUACUGACAAUUGGGAUUCCAGUGAGAAGAAUAGAGCUCCUGCCUGGUGUGAUAGGAUCUUGUGGAAGGGAGAAUCAAUUGAGCAGAUAGAGUAUAGAAGCCAUCCUUUUUUAAAAAUCAGUGAUCAUAAGCCUGUCAGCUCAUUGUUUGAUGCUAAGGUUAGAAUCAUCGAUGCCGUCAAGUACAGGAAGAUACAUGAAGAAGUGAUGAAGAAAUUGGACAAAUUAGAGAAUGAGUUCUUACCACAGGUUACUGUAGAGACAACUGAGAUCACAUUUGAUACUGUUCAGUUCUUAGUACCUCAGUCUAAAAACCUUAUUAUUGCAAAUACUGGUCAGGUUCCGGUUAAAUUUGAAUUUAUCAAAAAGCUUGAUGACCCCUACUAUUGCAAGGAUUGGCUUAACAUUGAGCCCUAUCUUGGUGACGUUAUACCAGGUGAGAAGUGUGAAGUUAAGGUAGAGGUUCGGGUCGACAAGAAAUCGGCAUAUAAACUAAAUUCAGGCCAGGACCAGCUCUAUGAUAUAUUGGUUCUUCAUCUUGAAGGUGGAAAGGACAUUUUUAUCACAGUUUCUGGAAAUUAUGAAAGAAGUUGUUUCGGGACAUCUUUAGAAACAUUAGCAUCUAUUAAAGAGCCCAUCAGAGAAAUAUCACUUGGUUCUAUUAUUGACAAGGAAAAGAAGAAAGACUCUUUUAGCUCCGGUGAGGGUACUUAUGCUGUACCUAAGGAAGUUUGGUUCCUGGUCGAUCACCUCUAUAGGCAUGGAACUAAGGCCAAGCAUCUCUUCGUUCAGCCUGGUCUCCAUUCUGAGAUAUAUGAUAUCAGGGACUGGCUCGAUAAUGGAUCACAGGAAUCAUUACCUGGAAGUGUGUAUUCAGUUGCAGAAGCAUUGCUUUUACUUUUUGAGUCCUGCCCGGAACCUGUGAUACCUUACGAAAUGCACACUGCCUGUCUGAAUUGUGCAUCUAAUUUUAUGCAGUGCAAGCAGAUAAUACAAGGAUUGACAUAUCAUCGAAAAAAUGUGUUUAUUUAUUUGUGUUCCUUUUUGAGGGAACUCCUAUCACAUUCUGAUGACAAUGGUCUUGAUACUAAAACAUUAGCUGCACUGUUCGGUGGCAUAUUCAUGCGUGAUAAACCAGUACCAAGAGAUGUUUCCAAACCGCGUUCGUCUCAGCAGCAGUUGGACAGGAAGAAAUCCAUCUUCAUAUAUCACUUCUUAGUCAACGAUUAUCCUGAUUUAUUGCCUCCUCUAGUUUCAUCAUGAGAUUCUCUUAGCCAUAAUUGCAUAGUUCAAAGUACUACGAGGAAUAUACCUGUUAAAGAGUAAGAAAUUUUCCCUUACCCGCUGUGAUUUUGUAAGUUUUUCUGAUAUUUCAAUACAAUGGCUGAAUCCUAAAUAACUGAUCUCUAAGUCUCUAAUUUGCAUGAAUGGUAAGCUAAGAAAAGAAGUUUAAUCUGUAUUAGGAUAGGACUAGCCAUUUUGUAAGCAUCACCAAAUUAUUCAAUUUGGCAAUGCCUGCUAACUUUAUUAACAUUAUUAUAUCAUAGAUUAUUUAAUUAAUUUCAUUUUGCAAUUUAGUUUAUAAAUUAUCUUGGUAAUUGGAAUUGAUACCAAAUUUAAUUUGUCUAUUAAGACUAUUCAAUACGAGAAUAUACUUUAUUUGAGAAAUACUUGAAGUAGUUAUUCAAAUUUAAAAAGAGACGAAAAAGCCACAAAAAUAUAUUAUUUUCAGUUUCUCUAAAACUUUAAACUAAAACAGCAUUAGUGGUUGUAGUAGAGAACCAGGAACGGUAUAUAUUGAUUGCCUUUACUUCUAAUCAUUCUAGCCUUCUAUUCAUAUUUUUAUAGUAAUAUGAUUAUUAGAAAAAUAUUUAAUAUAUUAUGGGUCACACCCAGCCUCUAUAAAGUGAGUAAUUUUAAUUAAAUAAUUAAUUAAGGGGAUAAAAAGCCCGAUUACCUCCCUGUACAACUGUUGGCCUUGAAACAAUUCUUUCUAUCAAAGUACUGAACCCAAAACCUUUCUUAGGUUGUAGUGGUACAGGUACUUUUUCUUUAUUUAUUUAUUUUUUAUCAGUUUCAGUUUUAAAUAGUAUAUUACAAUUUAAAGUGUUGGAUCCUUAAUCCUUAAGUAAGAAAAAAAAUCCUUAGCCGAAAAUUAUUUUUAUUUUCAUCCAACUAUUAAGUAGGUUGUAAAACAUUUAUAUAUAUUAUCCUCAUGAAAAAGGAACAUAUUUUCCUUUUAUUAUUUUUCAAUUUAAAACAUAUCAUCCAAUUUUGAAAUAAAAACAUCAGUAAUGGCAUGAAUGUUUUAUUUAUUUAUUUUUAUUUCAUUAAAUAGUUUUUGACUUCAUUAAUAAAUUGUAUAGUUUGAUUGACCAUAUUAUGCUAAUGAACAUUGUUGUGGUUCUAGCUCUUUGUCUUGUUUAGUAAGGCUUAGAACUAUUUAUUUGUCCUAUUCACUUGCACAAGUUAGUGUUGAAGAAAGUAUCAAUAAAAUUGAAGUGUUAGUGGACAUAAGCCAGUUCUAUUUAGAAAAUAAUGCCAAGGAAUUCCCUCCAUGCUCAGCUUUAUGGUCAUUUUAUAUGUAAAUAUAGCUUUACUUAAAAUGGUUUUAGUUAUUUUUCAAAUUCCACUUCUAAGGAAGACUACAUUGUAGCAAAAAAAAAUUACUUAAUAGGACCAGGGUGUUUACCGAACUUCGAAAAAUCACAGAAUUUUUAAGAUGGAAAAGUCAAGAAAUUUUAUAAGGUGGGGAAUAUCAGUGUAAUUUUGCUGUUAUGAUUUAGAAUUAUUAUUGGUCACAAUAAGUUAACAUUUUAGCAAUAUAUACACAAUUAUACUUUUGACACUUCUAACGUAUUAUGUUCAUCGAUGAUUUCUAAUAAACAAUUUUUUUAAUAAUUAUAUUCUUAAAACAAUUUAUUAAGAAAUCGUUUCUGUGCCAAUAAAGGUAACUUUUAUUUGUUUUUUAAAAUAGAUUUUUAUUUUUUAAAAAAUGUGUUUUGUCUUAAUUAAAUAAGUCUAAAAAAAAAAACAGUAUUAACGAUUAUAUUUCUAUUGUUUUUUUGUCAAAGAGGUGGUCUUAAAAUUUUUAUUUGUAAGUUAAAGUACACAUUCACUUCAACAUUUUUUUUUAGGUAUCUUAAAACUUAUAUAUCAUAAAAAAUUAUAGUGUUUUAUAACUAUAUUGUCUAGGCCUCUGAUAUUGUAGAUCGCAGUAUUUAAAAUGUGAAAUAUUGUACUAAUUAUAUAAAUUGAUUAUUAAUAAACAUCAUUUGUGGCGAAUUAUAAAUAUUUUGAUGAUCCAUAAUUUAUCUAUUGAUGACCUGGAAAAGUCACAGUAAGAUAGCCACCAAGAGUAACCCCAUACCACUCAGUUUACAUCCCAAAAUUAAGUGAAUCUUUACUGUGCUUGAUGUGAUACAGAAGUAAUAAAGUGCUUAGUAUUAAGCCUAAAAAACCUAUACCUUUUUUUAACUAGUCUUGUUAUAUUUAGAAUAUAAGAGGCAUUAAUUUAGUAGUAUAUUUUCACUAAUUAGCAUAUGAAACUAGAUUAAACUAGUUAUAGGUAGUUCAGAUAUAUAGUGAGUUCAUAUUAGUAGAGUUUAAAUUUGUUUUAUUGUGUGAUAUCUACUUUAUAGACACUUUUUUGCUCAUUAUUUAUAUUAUUUGUUUAUUAUUAUUCUCAUUAUUAUAUUAUUAUUUAUGAAACUUAAAUCCCUUAUUAAAUUAAGUUAUUAAGCUGGGGGGACCAGGCAUUUUGAUUUGCCGAGUUCUGAGUGCCAAAAUAUUUGCCUUGAGCCUUAUUAUUCAUUUUUAUAUUCAUCCAUUGUUGAGCAGGCAUAUGCAAAUAUAAGUUUUGUUUAGUAUUUAGCUGUUAUAAGAAUUAGAGAGUGUUUAUUGGUUUGUAGAGGCAAAUAAACAUUCCAAAACUGAUAACCACAUGCGCACGAGUUGCUUCUCAGACAACUGGUUCAGUGUGUCACCUCUACUGCUCAUGAGACAAUUACUACUGAAUGUCUGGUCCUAACUUAAAAUGUAAAGUUUUUGAAUGUGUCCAGUGGCACUUUUAUAUAUAUAUAUAAGAAUUUUGAAAUAAAUAUCCAUCUGAUCUGUACAAAUGUUUUGCUUCUGUUGAAAUUGGUAAAAAAAAAAAUAAUAAUAAAAAUGAACUUAUGUUGUAUAUUAUUCAUUUAAAUUUAAGUUGAUUGUAUGUAAGUUUUUACAGGUGUAGAAGAAAAUUUUAGAUUUGAAAAUCUCUGAGAUAGUAUUUGUCAUGGCAAUUUAUAUUUUCACAUUUUAAGGACAUAUUUUCACUUGCGCCCUAAAACUUUUAGGUAAUAGGCUUAUUCCUUUAAAAUAAGUUUGAAAAAGAAAAAUGCGGAUAUAGCAUUGAAAUAUAAUUAAAGAAAACAAUCAAUUAAAUUAAAGUAUGUCAUUAUUGGAUAUUUCAUAAUAUAUUUGAACCUCUGUAUACUAUAAUUGAUGAAUCCUUUGGAAGAGAAUUCUGUAGAAAAAUUUAUAUUCACAUUUUUUAUCAUUUUUGUACAUAUACAUGUAGGCCACACUAAAAACAAUUAUAGUUGAAUUAUUUAUGUAACACUUUUUAGGUUGAAGGAAAAGAAAUUGAGCCAACUGACAUAUUCAUGUAAUUUUUUAAAAAUGUAUAAAUCAUGUACUUAAUGGCCUAUGAUUUUUAUAUUUGAAAUGAAUGCAUGAAUAUGAAUUUUAAUAUAUAAGAUAUUACAUAGUUAAUUUUUAAACAAAAUAGAUUACCAAAAUUUUAUUAUAUAUGUAAAGUUUUUCUGAUAAACAUUCAAGGAUCUGGAAAAAAAGAUCCUGUAUGUAGUAGUUCUACCAAAGUAAACCAAUACUUAAUACUGACAUACUAAAUUUUAUUUAUUAAUUUACAUUAUUUAUUUUUUAUUUAAUGGAAUUGAUUUUAUAAAUUCAUUAGGUUUUAAUAAAGUGCUCAUAUUAUUCAGUUCCAUUUUCUGAGUUAAUGUUUCCAACUUCUCUUAUGUUUCAAGAAAGACGCUAUUAGUAUUAUUAUUGCAGUUAUCCAUAAAACUAUAAUAUUUGCUGUUUCUCUUUAAGAUUUGAAUUUAUCAAAAAAAUGUUUUGAUAACUAUUGAUACUUAAUUGCAUUAGACUGCAGGUUGAGAUAUAGAGGUACUGCUUGCUUUUAUUCCUAUCAGCCUUAGGAAUGCAUUAUGUAAAACUAUUGCUUUAAAAAAUGAUAUGAUUGCGUUCCAGAAUGAUUUGAGGCUGUUUUCAUUAAAUAAAAAUGAAAAACAUGCUCGGUACCGUAAAAGCUUUAAUGUACAGGAUGUACGUGUAUAUAUUAAAAUUUUUUUGAAAAAUACAUUUUUAAAAUUAUGUUUAUCAUAUAUUUUUCAAUGGUUGUUAUAGAAAUAUUUUAUUCUAAUUUUCUUCUAUUACCUCAUCAUUUAUAAUUUUUGUCUUCUUUACAUGAUUAUUUUUAAUAUAUAUUUAAAGUUUUUUUUUCACUAAUUGUUAGAGAAGGCCUAUUUAUGUAUAUUUUUUUUCUCCAUUUAUAUAGUGUUGUUAGGUUAAGGUUGUUACAAAGUGUUGUGUAAAUUUUUAUUCUUUUAUUGUAAAUAUGUCUCAAAAGCCAAAAUUAUUUAAAAUAAUUUUAUAUAUAUUUAUAAUUAAAAGUACUUAUUUGUAUAUUAGUGUAUAUUUUUCUGUUGUAUAUAGCUAUUUAAAAUAUAAAUAACUUUAAAUUUAUCAAUGCUUCACGUUUUUGAUUUAGAAGAAUGAAUGUAAUAUUAUAAUAAAGUGCUUUCUUAUUAUUCUUUCAGCUUACUGUCAUUUAUCCUCAAACUUUGAAGUUUAAGCAAAUUUUAACCCCAACUUUCACUUAUUUUGAAUAGAAAUUAUUUUCAAGUAAUAUUGGGAUGUUAUAAAAUUUUUGAUGUGCAUUUUUAACCAAACUAAAGCUUAAAGAUAAAUGAAAUGAAAUGAAAAUAUUUUUUUAUUAUCCUGGGACUGUUGUCCCUUUAGGACAAAUUACAGAUACAGAAUAAAUGCCUGUGUGGCCAUACAUAAAAUUAAUUAUUUACAAUUAUUAUUAAGAUUAAGAUUUUGAAAAAAGAAUAAAACAAAAAAUAGAACUAUUACACUAAAAACAUUCUGAUAUGUAUAGUACAAACAUGGGAAAAUAAAAUAGCAUAAGUAAAGAAAAUCAUUUCUGGGGGAACUUUAAAAGUUCUCUUAUCUACAUUUCAUGAUCAAUCGGGUUGGGAAAGGAAUAGGUGGUUAAAAAGGAGAGAUUUAAAUGAGGAAACUGAUUGUACAUGUCGGAUAUCGGGAGGGAUGGUAUUCCAGAAGGAGACUGCUUGAAUUAUAAAGGAUUUGUCAAACGCUGCAGUUCGGUGGGGAGGUGGAUAGAGAUCGGAGGUAUGAGAUCUAGUGAGACGGGAUUGAAUGGAAUAUUUGGAUUGUAGGCUAUGAAAAAUAUAGGAAGGCCGCUGAGUUCUGAUGACUUGGUAUAGAAAGGUGGCAAGGAAGUACAGACGGGGGUUGGAUGGAUAGAGCCACUUCAACUUGGUGUAAUACUGGGUUAUAUGCGUAUCUCUUGAGAUUCCGAAAACAAAACGUAUUGCGCAGUUCAUUAGGUUUGGCCUUAGGUUUCAUUUAAGUUUGGCCUCGAAUUCUCCCGAGUGUCCGCCUUACACCAGACAGCCAUAGUCGAAGUGGGGAAACACAAGGGAGGAAACCAGGAGUUGACAGGACUUAUAUGGAAGGAGAUAGCGGAGACGGUUAAACUGUUUCAGGGUAGAGAUAGUACGACGGGAAAUUUGGGAGAUGUGUGGUUUCCAGGAGAGGGUUUGAGUGUAACACCAAGGUUUUUUACGGAAGUAUGAAAUGAGAUAGCUGAGUUGUUCAGGAAAAGAUUGGGGAGUAUCUGUAUGGAUUUGAGGAGUGAGGGAGAUCCGAUCAGAAUGGAAUAUUAUUCCAUUCCGGAAUAUUAUUCCGUCUUAUUGGCAUUUGCCCAGGCACAUAUUGCGUUUAUAUCCUCCUGUAAUUUUUGGAUGGCGCCAGAGGAUUCGGUUGGAUUGAAGGAGAGGUAAAUUUGGACGUCGUCGGCGUACAGAUGGUAUUGACACUGUAGGACAGAGGAUGAAAGGUCAUUGAUGUAGAUGGAAAAAAGGGUGGGAGAUAAAGAGGAGCCUUGUGGGACACCCCUGGACAAAGGUAAAGGUUCUGAUGGGGGGGUUAUUGGGGACUACAACAUACUGGGAGCUGUCGGAAAGGAAGGAUUGGAACCAAUUAAGGGUACUAGUUGAGAAGGAAAUAUUUUUAAGCUUGGUUAGGAGAAUUUUGUGGUCUACUGAGUCAAAGGCUUUGGAGAAGUCAAGGAGAAUAAGGAUGGUGAGUUUCUGCUGGUCCAUGGCUGUAUGAAGGUCUUGGGAAAUUUUGAUGAGGGCAGACUGAGUGGAGCAGCCAUUCUGGAAACUGGACUGGUUGGGAUUUAGGAGGUUAUUCUGUUAAAAAUCGGAACCUGGGUUUGAACUAGUCGCUCUAAAGGUUCAGAAAGAUUUGAGAGGAGAGAAAUUGGACGGAAAUCAUAGAGAGUUGAUGGGUUGGAAGUCUUUUUCAUAGGGCGAACUAGUGCGGUUUUCCAGGAUGUAGGAAAGGUAGCAUUUUGUAGUAAGUAAUUUAUUCAUAUGGUAGAGGAUUGGAAGGAUGGAUGGUAGUGAGGCUUUGAUCAGUCUGACUGGGAUGUUAUAAGGUCCAUAAUCAUUGGUUUGCGACUUUUGAAUGGAGUUGAGGAUAACAGCUAACAAAUCAUUAAUACCAUUAAAAUAACAAAAUUCCUAUUCAUUAUAUCAAUGGUUGAUUAUGGAUUGUAUGUCUAAUAUUUAUUAAAAGGUUAUUUUCCAUUGCAAAGUUUACUAAAAUGGAAUUACGAGAUUUGUAUUGCCUGUCAUAGAUAGGUCAAAAGUUGUAGCCUUAAUUAUAAGAAGAUACUAUUGGAUAUCACAAAUGGAAAAUUCAUCAAAUUAUUCACUAAUGUAAUUUCCUAAAAGGUUACAUCAUGAUUUUUCGGAAUAAAUGGAUAGUAGAUACCUAAUUAAUUAUAUAUAAUAUCAGAUCUAGAGUUAUUAAACUACAAUAAAUAUUUUUAAGGUUAUAAACAUAUCUAUGAAAUAUUUUUAUAUUUCAUUUCUUCUUUUACACAAGUACAAGGAAAUAGUAUCUUAAACAAUGUCAUUACCUUGAUUCUGUUGAUUGAGCAGCACAUCAGCAAACAGAAUGAACAAAUUUAGACUGGAAAUCCUGCCUAAAUACCAUCUUAUCUAAAAGUGCUCUAUAAGUGAUUAGAUUUAAAACAAAAGUUUCAUUGGACAGGAAAAAGAAAUGCGUUUAUUUUAUUUAAAAAUAUAAUAUUUAUUUAAUAAAUAAGAUCAUUAAUUUAUUAUAUGCAAAUAUUUAAGAAAUAAAUGUUUUGUAAUGUAUACAAAAUCACAAAAAUUAAUUUUUCAUUUACUGUAAAAGAUGAAUUCAGGAUAAAAAUGAUCCCAGUUGUUAAAAUACCUUUCAUUAAUUCCACAAAUAUAAAUUCAAUGAGAUACAUUUAGAAUAAGGAAAUAAACAAUAAGAUAAAAACAAAACAGUAAAUUAUUUAACGACAAUAUAAUCUAGUUAAGAAUUUCAUUGUAUUAUACCAAUAAUAAGCUGUUAGGAAAAUCUAAAACAGGAAAGGUAAACUAUUUUUAAAAAUAGAUCGUACAAUAAAUAUGAAAAAAAUAAUCUGUAGGAAUUUUAUUAUUGAAAAAUAUUAAAAAGAACUGUUGUUAUCCUAGCAAUUUUCAUCUUUUUGAACACAUUUUAUUUGUAGGCCAUUAAAAUAUUUAAGGAAAUAAUCACAUUUAAUCAUGGCAAGGAAUUUAUAGACAUAGAAAUUUCUUUUAAAUAUUAACCAUGAGCAGAUAAGCUAGUGAUAUUUUAAAUAAACUCCAAUGCCUUACAAAAAAGAUAUAUAUAUAUAUAUAUAUAUAUAUAAUCUAAACAGAAAAAAGCCUGCUUUGAUGAUGAAAUGGUAGUUUUUUGAUGUGAUUUAGAAAUAAAACAAGGUUGAGCACAUUGGUUCAUAAGCUGACAUUUGAGAUAAAUACAUGCAAUGAUGAAUCAUAAACUAAUCAACUUUCAAUGUCAUAUAAGACAUAAUAACAUAAAUAAAAUUAUAAUAUAUACAUAUAUAAAUUAUCUUACUUUAAUAUAAUAAAUAAUUUCAAAGCAAUAAAUAAACUGUACACAAUAAAUAUCUAGAUAAGAAGAAAGCACCGUAUAAUAAAUUAUUAAUAGCACCACAAUUAAUUAAAUCAUUAAUGAUUUUGACAUAGAUAACUAAGAAUAUAAUACUAUUAAAUAAUACUUUUUUCAAGAUCAAUAAAUCACUUAAAAGUGAUUAUCAUUAUUAACUGGAGAUUGAUUCUUAGAUUAGAAUGAAACUAAAUGAGAACAAAAUAUAUUAAUAAUAAACAAUGACUUUAACAAUACCAGCCUUUAAUAUUUUUGUAUUCGAUGAACACAAAUAAGAAAUAGUCUAUAAAUGGUAGAACCCAUCCCAAGGACAUUUUUAAUAACUAUGAAAAAAUAAAAAAUAUAAUAUUUAUUUCAUUAAAAAAAAAAAAAAUUGGAUAAAUAUCAUUACAUAGACGAGGAUGAAACAGUAAUAUCCAAUGAGGAUGCAGACAGUAAUAACCCUAUAUCAUUAACCUAAUAAAGAUUAUGUAGAGAAAAUACUUCCACGGAUUUGAAGUGGCCAAGCUUUUUAUUAUAACUUAUAUUGCAAUAAAUGGAUCAUUACAGUAAAAAUUCAGUAAUGUUGAUAUAAUUUAGAAAAGGAAAAUAAAAAGUUUUAAAACGGCACUUCUAAAUUUGGCCACUACACCUGAAAUACAAUAAGAUUUGUUAUAUUGAAAACACUCAAUCUGUAACAGUCAUAGAAAAAUGAUAUAUUUCUAAUAGAGAUUUUUUGAUUCUCUCCCUAUAACUUUUUAUAGGGAUUGCUAAUUUUCUAAAUCAAUAACACUUGAUAUGACAGAAAGGAAUCAAUGAAAUAAUCUCUAAAUCCAAAUAGAAGAGGAAACUAAUGAAUCUCACAUGUUCAUACAUUAAAAAAAGUAAUAAUCAUUUAGUUAAAACAUCUUCAAAAAUAUUAAGAGUCAAACUACUUUCACUUAACUGUUUUCUUUAAUAAUUAGAAUGUUAUAUAAGAUUAAAAUUAAACACAUUCCAUCCAGAGAGGUGAAAUUCAUUAAAUUAUUGAAAAUUGACUAUAACUUAAAGUUUUCAAAAUAAGAAAGAACAUAAUUUGUUAAGACAGAACGAUCUGUCAUUGAAAAGACUUAACAGAUGAAAACUGGAGAAAUAAAAAAGAAGUUAAUAUAUUAGGAAAUUCAUUCUACAGUAUGAGUGAAAUUAUUUAUGACAAGAAAGAAAUCCCCACAUAUAUUAUUACAGUAGGGCUCGAAAUUGGUUUUGUACCAAAUAUAAGCUCCUGUCAUGCUGAAAUACCAUGAAUGGGGUACCGUUGGAUUCAGAAUUUCACGGGGGUUAGCAAAUCGUAUUCUCCGCUUUUGUUUUUCUUUCUAAAAUAAAUAAAGACGAUACAAACAUUUUGCUAGGCUUCAAUACUGGAACGGUGGUAGGUCUGUAGAUCAAUGUGGGACAAAUUGGACCUUGAAGAUUUUGAUGCGUACAGCAAGACCCUGAUAGUUCCUUUGGAACUAUCGGAUCCUGCGUUUUUAAGCCCAAAAACGUACUAUUUUCGAGAUAACCCAAGGCAUGGGGUUUGCAUCCACACAACCUGACGUUAAUUGUAGUACUGGCAUUGGAUACAUGUCUCAUUUAGUCGACUUGAGGUCUCCAUGCUCAGACGGGCAAAAUAGUCCAAUCAUCCCGAAAAUUCAGGCAAACAAGUUAUGAAAGAAAAGAAACUUUAUUUACAAAUAACUGAAAAAUUACACACUUUUCCCUUGGUUAUUUCCAUGAUUACAUAAAACAUUACUAAAUUGUCUACAAAAGGAAAAAAAAUCAUCGAAAUCGGUCAACUUUUUGCAAAGAUACACCUUAUUGAAAUUUGUAAAUAUGUUAGUUCCAAACAAAAAUGAAGAUUUACAUUAAUUCUGUUUCCUUUGUCGAUUAUAUUUCUCGAUAAAAUAACAAUUGAUUCAUUUAUCCUUUGAUACGUUAUAUUAUAUAUGAUAUUUCCCAAACUUGGAAGCAUUAGAUAACA